AGCUGGUAGCUUUAAAUAUUAUCGUGAGCAACGGAUGUCGCGGCUGAACAAACUGUCAGUCGCCUUGGCGUGCUUGGGUAAGCGCCAUGAACCAUCUGCUGUUGCUGCAGAUCAACUGGCUGCUUGCAGCCAGUCCAGCUGACCUGGCGCACUUACUGCAACGUACUGUGGGCUUGCAACGUCUGCAGUGCAUGAGUAUACUGCAUAGCAGCGAAGCCAUUGCGCCUGGAUAUCUGGAUGAACUUUACGGCGAGCUGCGCGCUGCUCCUGACGCGCAUUUGAGCUUGUUGCCACAACUGAUUGGCACAGAGCACUCCACGGGCCGGCUCGUCGACUUGACGCCCCAGCAGACGCUCUUUCUGGUGUUUGCGCGACAUACAUGGGAUCCAGUCUUAAAGCUACACACAGAUCUCGCACGUGGACGUCGCUACUGCAAGACGCUGUUUCUGCUGCAAAGAGUCAAGUCGCGGGCAGCUCUCUUAAGCUUCUUUCAGUAUCUCUGGCUGCAGGGAUUUCGCUCUGCGUUGGUGCAGAUUGGUGGUGAACAGCUCUACCGCAUGGAUCCAUAUCCAAGUUUGCAGUUAGUGCAGCUGAAUCGCACGCCUGAUGCACCGCUAAUCUUUCCGCGGCCAGGCAGACGCAAUCUGCAGGGCUACAAGCUGCGCCUGCCAGUGCAGCUGGAUGUGCCGUCUACGUUCUGGUAUUGCAAUAAGCAAACGGGUGAACUACAGCUGGAUGGCAUUGGCGGCACCAUGAUGAGCGAAUUCAUGCGGCAUAUCAAUGUGCGCCUGGAGUUGCAGCCAUUGUAUGUGAAUGAAUCCAACAAUCUAAACAUGCCCGCUCUGCUGCAGCUUUUGGAGGAACAGCGCGCUGAGCUAAGUCCGCAUAAGUUUACGACAUUGGGGCGCAGCGUCUACGUCGACUACUCCUAUCCGUUUCGCAUUGUGCAACGCUGCUUCAUGGUGCCGCUGCACGAUUCCGUGCCACGUGGUCUCUACAUUUUCCUGCCCUUUCAGACGCCUGUCUGGCUGAGCGCUGCGCUGCUAUUCCUGGUGAUUUUCCUAGUGCGUUGGUUGGCGCACCGGCGACUGCAGCUCUUCUCGCGCUUCUCCUCGCUGUUGGGCAUACCAGGCAGUCAAUCUGCAGCGCAGGCAUCAUACUUUCACAGAUUGCCCUGGCCGCGAUAUCUGAGCAAGCUUUUUGCCUGCCUGUGCAUUGUCUUUGGCGUCUUCAUCUUUGUGCAGAUGUAUGCCACCAAGCUGAUGGCGCUGUUCUCGGUUACGAUCAGGCAUAAGCCCUCGCUAACGCUGGAUGAGCUGCUGGCACUGCCCUACCCCAUACUAGUCUCUCCAGGCGAAGUUGCCGGCAUCAUUAGCUCGUUUGGACAUGAGGCAGCUUUCCAUCGUCGGUUUGCCUAUGCGCCGCCCGGCGAGUUUUAUGGCCAGCGCACGCAGAUGCAAGCUGGAUAUGUCUAUCCGAUUAGCACCAUACGCUGGAAUUUUGUAUCCCAGCAGCAGCGCUACUUGCACCACAAGCGCUUCUGGCUCUCCAAGCUCUGCUAUGGCACAUUUCCGUAUCAGUUCCAGCUGGCCAUCGACUCGCACUUCAAGGAGCCGCUGCACCGCUUCGAGUUGCAUGCCCAUGAGGCGGGUCUGCCCAGCUAUUGGCAGCGCGGCUGGUACACGCGCGCUUUGAGCUUUGGCUUUGUGCACGAUUUUGAAAGUGCGGAGAACUUUGAGCUGAGGCACCAGCUGUGUCCGCUUAGUUUGCAUCUUCUAGCGCCCGUGCUCUACUUUUAUCUCUUCGGCUUGACAUUGAGUCUGGGCGCGUUUCUGCUGGAGACUGUCUCACGUUUUAAUAUAAGGGCGCAUUUAGUUAGUCGCUACUAACCGCACUUUUGAUUUAAGGCAUUCAAAAUUCAGCUGGGGAUUUCACAUUUAUAACAAUUUACACCAAUUAUUUUGAUAUAUGUAUAUUUAAACUAUGUUUGUAUUCUAUUAACUAUAUAUUAUAUUAUACUACAUGUGUACUAUACAUGUAUGAAAUGGCCAAUUCACAAAUCCCGCUCCACUCCAACAACAUCAACACAUCAAAAACUCUGCGACAAACAACAACAACAACGACUACAAUAAAAAUUCACAAUUGGAUUGAAACGUUAACAAUAAAUUCAAAAUUCUCAUCUUAACAAUCGAUC